UAACAGUCCUGGCAGGAGAGGAGUGAAGGCACAAGAGGAGAGCAGCUGCAGCCUUCACUCUGACAACAUGGAGCUCUAUCUGGACCUGUACUCUCCGCCUUGCCGGGCCGUCUAUCUGCUGGCCAAAGCGCUCGGGAUCCCCUUUGAGUUCAAGGUUGUCUCGCUGACAGCAGGUGAUCAGUACAGCGAGGAGUUUGGAAAACUCAGUAUUGUGAAGAAGGUCCCUGUCAUGAAGGAUGGAAGCUUUGUUCUUACAGAAAGCACUGCGAUCAUGAAGUACAUGGUGCAGAAACAUUCGGCGGCAGACCACUGGUUUCCAGCUGACCUGCAGCAGCGAGCUCGUGUUAAUGAGUACCUGUCUUGGCAGCACCUGAACCUCCGAGCCCACUGUUCAAAGGUCUUCCUGUUCAGGGUUCUGUAUCCGUUUGUCAUGGGCGCCGAGGCCCCGAAGGAGAGGUUGGACCUUUCUAUCGAAGAUAUGAAGCAGUCGCUCGACCUCCUGGAGCAGAAGUUCCUCCAGAGCAAGCUGUUCAUCGCCGGCAACAAGAUCUCUCUGGCUGACGUGGUGGCCGUCGUGGAGGUCAUGCAGCCUCUCUCAGCCGGUGUGGACGGGCUUGAAGGCCGGCCGAAGCUGACGGCCUGGAGAGAGCGAGUGAAGAAGGAGCUCGGUGAAAAGGUGUUCGACGAGGCUCAUGAGAAAGCCCUGGAUCGCAGCGGCAUGACACAGAAGAUGCAGGACGACCCCGAGAUACUGAAGUUCAAACAAAAUUUACAGAAACUUUUCCGCUAAGGAGGUUUUUGCAUGCAAGCAGAAAGUACAGCUUCCUGUUUCGGCCAUUUUGGUAGAUUUCCUGCACAGGUUUGUUACGAUGUCCCGAGAAAUCAGAGCCAACUCCCAGAUAUUAAACUGCUUUUAAAGUC